ACCUUACCUUCUCUACCUACUCUCUUUUUGCUUUAACUUCACAUCUUUCUACCAGGGUGCUGUAAAUUGAAGUCCCUGAUUGUCUUUCCAAAAAUAAUAAUAAACGAGCCUCUGUAGUACAAGAUGUUAUGUCGAUCGUUAGCUCUCCUCUUAGUCGGGCAGUUUGCCUUCACUCUUGCGGAAGACUCUGCUGUCGCUAUGAGCCUACCGGGUGUGAUCAAAACUUGUAAAAUUCCCAAGACCUUUGCUCUCACAUUCGAUGACGGCCCUUACACUUGGAACCACGCCCUCGCAAAACUUCUCAAAGACAAUCAUGCCACUGGAACCUUCUUCAUCAACGGCAACAACUGGGAUUGUAUCUACAAUGAGAACUUGUCUGCUCAACUUAAGAAGACUUUUGAUAUGGGUCACCUUAUCGCAUCCCACACUUGGUCUCACCCGGAUAUCACCGAGAUUACAGAUCAACAACUCCACAAGCAACUCGAUUUGAUCGAAAAAGCCAUGAUCGCUAUAACCGGAUACAAACCCAAGUACUUCAGACCUCCCUACGGCAACAUAAUCAAGCGAAACUACGAUGUCCUCCACAAGCGUGGUUACAAAGUCAUUUCAUGGGAUGUUGAUUCUGGUGACGCAUUGCAUGUUCCAGUCGAUAAGAUUAUGGCUCGGUAUGAUCGAUGGGCCAAGACUUGUCCAAAACCACACAUCAGUUUAAAUCACGAGACCCAUGAAACAACAGUCACAAAAACCAUUCCACAUGCUGUCAAGGUUCUACAUCAUGCUGGAUACAAACUUGUAAGUGUCGCUGAAUGUUUGGGACUCGGAACCAAGCGAAGUGACUGGUACACAUACGUUGGAAAGCCAAAGAAGCGUGAUGCCUCCUGGACCUGUAACGGAACCCCGGACCCUGGUGAAGCUUAAGGAUUCAUUUUACUCCAUUAUCUUUCGACAGUCUUUAGUAAUUUUACAUCUACUCGCUCUGCGCAAAUACUUAUACCAAGUCUUAGAAACGUUUUUUGUCUUCUGAUCAGUAUUCCGACCUUGAUUCGUACCACAAGGACUUUGUUCUUAGUCAUCUGAUACUGCUGCUUAUAAUGACAUUGAUUUUUGAAGCUG